CAGAGAAAAAACAUUUGAAUUUCAGCUCGUGCCCGGUGAAGUCGUCGAGCGUUUGUAGAAUUUAGUUUAGGUUAUUCAGUGAUUUCAGUAAGUAGGGAGACAUAACUGAAAAAACUCCAUAUGCACUUAAUAGCAAUCGAAAACAUACAUAAAAUUAUUGAUGAAAAACUACCGUUAAUGCGUUUAAUGUUAAUGUUCAAGAAAAAAGAAUAGUGUCCCUAAUUUAAUUAGUGAACAUAGAAGUUGUCUUAUUCAAAUAUAAAUUUGAUAAUGCUAAAAAUAAUACAAAAUUAAACCUGAUAACAUUAUUUAAAAUUGUACUUGCAAUAGCGAUAUUGCAUAAAAAUCUUGCUAUGGUUAAUUGACUAGGUUCAAUCGCACAAGAAAUGAAAGUUUAUAAGAAACACACCAACAGAAUUAGAAUCGUAGAGGUUCACGAAAUACUCUUCAUAACGAGCAAGUCUUUGAUAAGUCUAUCGGUAUGUGAUAAAUAUCCAAGCUACGAAUAGAAAAGCCAAGGAGUUAUCGUGCAAUACUUUUAAACUGAAAAAUGGAAAAGUUGCACGAUUAUCAAGGAUUGACGGGAAGAUUUCAUGAAUGGAAGGAUACGAUACGCGCGAAACAUGCUGAAUGGAGAGAAGAGCGGUCUGCUGGUCUUGCUCAGUAUAUACGAAACAUCAUUAAGCCACCGAAUCAACAACAGGCAAAUUUAAACCCAGACGCCCAAUGGAAUGAGGGGAUCGUGGAUUUUUCGCAUAUAUAUCGUAAAAAAACCCGCUUGGAGCUUAUUCGAGUUUCAGCAGCUGUUAUGGGCAUAGAAUUUUCAUACGCUGCUGAAACUGCAUUUGUUUCACCAACACUGUUAAAAAUUGGAGUACAACAUCGCCAUAUGACCUUAGUAUGGUGUUUAUCACCAUUAGUAGGGUUCUUCCUAACGCCAGUACUUGGCUCAUUGAGUGAUCGAUGCAAGAGUAACUUUGGAAGACGCAGACCUUUCAUAUGGUUCUUAUCAUUAGGAGUACUGUUGGGAUUGCUGCUUGUUCCAAAUGGAGAAGAUCUUGGGUAUGCAUUUGGAGACAUGGAACAUACUGUAAAUCAAACACUUCAGACAAUUCAAAACGUCUUACCCCAUCGGUCAACUGCUCAAGCAACGGUUUAUCAAAGCACCAUUAAUUCAGCUGGAACAAAUACCCAACCAAGCCAUCCAUGGGGAAUAUUUUUUACGAUUCUUGGUACAGUAUUACUAGAUUUUGAUGCAGAUGCUUGUCAAAGUCCUUCAAGAGCAUAUUUACUGGAUGUCACCAUCCCUGAGGAUCAUGCUCGUGGAUUAUCAACCUUCACAGUAAUGGCCGGGUUAGGUGGAUUUAUGGGCUACUCAUUAGGAGGAAUAAACUGGGAUGCUACAGUGUUGGGAAAAGCUUUUGGAGGACACGUGAGAGCAGUAUUUUCGUUGAUUACAAUCAUAUUUAUUGUCUGUGUAGGUUGCACCAUUACUAGUUUCAGUGAGAUACCGUUAGAUUUAUUAGAAGAAGAAAAUGAAAAACAGAAUUUAUUGCACCUAAAAAAGUCAAGUCGCGAAGAAGAUUCACUGGAUAACACAGAAACAAUGAACUAUGGUUCAGUGGGAGAAAAACGAGAUGAUCUAAAUCUCAACAAUACCAAAUUAUCUACAAACAUUUCCCUGAAUCAAGAUUACGUAUCACUACCUGGAGAAAAUUGCGCUGAAACGUCUUUCACAAACAUUGGUACUGCAUUGGAUAAUGGAACAAACAAUGAAGAAGCCAAGGACGACACGAUAACUCUCGAAACAUAUCUAAGAUCAAUAGUUUUCAUGCCUCAUUCUUUGCGUAUGGUAUGUCUUACUAAUCUGUUCUGUUGGAUGGCACAUGUCUGUUACUCACUGUACUUUACCGAUUUUGUUGGAGAAUCUGUUUUUAUUGGCAAUCCAAAGGCACUUGAGGGUUCCGAGGAAUAUUUGCGUUAUGAAGCAGGCGUGAGAUUUGGAUGCUGGGGUAUGGCCAUGUACUCUCUGUCGUGUGCGUGUUACUCCUUGAUCAUCGAAAAACUCAUAAAAAGGUUCAAAGCUCGUAAAGUUUAUGUAGGCGGCUUACUUUUCUACUGCGCCGGAAUGACGUUGAUGUCUUUGACGAAACAUCGAGUUGGAGUCAUUAUUUUUAGUUGGACUGCUGGUGUAAUGUACUCAACUCUCUUUACCAUGCCCUAUUUGUUGGUAGCCCAUUAUCAUUCGGAGGGUAUCUUUACGGUCAACACGUCCGAGGAUGAUAAACAGGCCAAGUGUGUUCGAGGACUUGGAACUGAUAUAGCUAUUGUUAGUAGCAUGGUAUUCUUAGCUCAGUUUAUACUUUCGAUAUGUAUGGGUUCCAUUGUGUCAUGGAGUGGGACAACUACUGCCGUUUGUAGUGUGGCAGCAUUUUUAAGUUUCUGUGGGGCAAUUUCUGCCACUCAAGUUAUAUAUCUUGAUUUGUAAUGAAAAGUUAUUUCGGAUGAAACAAUAAAUACAAUCGUAGAAAGCUACUAUCAUUAAUAAAUAUAAUAUAUAUCAAUAUGAAUAAAGUUACAUUAUAAAUACAAA